AUGUUGCGCAGGCCGCUUUUGCAACAAAUACGAGAAGCUCACUCAACAGUAUCUGCCAGCGGCAGACCGUAUUGGAAGAAAAAUCCUAAUUUAGAUUCGAUAAUACGAGUAGACCAUGCAGGCGAGCUUGGUGCAGACCGCAUCUAUGCAGGGCAGAUGGCAGUUCUCGGCAAUACGGCUGAAGGGCCGCUUAUAAAGCAUAUGUGGGAGCAGGAGAAGAAACAUCGCGCAAAGUUCGAGGAGCUUAUCAACGAGUAUAGAGUGAGGCCAACUGCGCUCACGCCGAUAUGGAACGUUGCUGGUUUUGUAUUGGGUGCAGGUACAGCACUACUAGGCAAAGAAGCUGCAAUGGCUUGCACAGUAGCCGUUGAAACCGUCAUAGUAGAUCACUACAAUGAUCAACUCCGCACUCUCAUGGAUGAUCCAAACAUAGACCUGGAAAUACUGCAGACCAUCACCAAGUUCCGUAAUGAGGAGCAAGAGCAUCACGACACGGGAAUUGAUCAUGGCGCUGAACAAGCACCAUUCUAUAAAGCUCUAACCGAAGUCAUCAAAACCGGAUGUAAGGUUGCCAUUGCCAUUUCGAAGAAAGUAUAA